AUGUCAAGUAACGCUAAUACUGCACGCGAAGCCCAGAGGCCACCACGCGUAUCACAACUACUUCAAGCAUGGCUUCAAGUCAAGCACCUCGCCGUCGCUACCGCCAUAUGCUGGGGGUUGAGUGGACGGACGCCUUCUCCCGAACUCCACGCCCUCGCCCUUCCCACCCUCCGAACCAUCUCCUUCUCCUCCUACCCCGACCUAAUCUCCACCAUCCGUGACGAGCUCCUCGCCAUCGCCAACGCCGUCGCCGUCUCCGCCGCCGACCCUUCGGUCCCCGAAACCGAAAAGGAAAACAUCAAGCGUCCGCUACACGCGAUACUAGGCAGCCAUCCCAGGCUGGGCGAGCCCAAGAAGGAGACGCUGUUUGCGCAAAGUAAGAAGGAGCAGGCGCAUUUGAAUGCUGCUGGGGAUUCAAAGGAGGUGAAGGAGGAGCUGAGGAAGUUGAAUAAGCAGUAUGAGGAGGUGUUUCCGGGGCUGAGGUAUGGGGUUUGGGUUAAUGGACGGCCGAGGAGGGAGAUUAUGGCAUAUGAAGAGGAGGAUUGA